CAUAGCAAGAUGCUCCCCAAGCUCCUCCUCGCCUCCCUCACGGCCACGGCCACGACCGUCUCCGCCGAGCAGGUCCUGGGCGUCUACAUCUUCCACCGCCACGGCGACCGCACCUCCAAGGCCUGGCCCCCGGUCAGCCUCACCCCCCUCGGCGCCCAGCAAGUCGCCUCGUCCGCCUCCUUCUACCGCGCCCGCUACAUCACCUCCUCUUCCUCCUCUUCUUCUUCAGAGAACAGCAACAGCACCACCACCAUCGCCGGCAUCAGCACCGACGCCGCCGUCCUCUCCCAGCUCUCCAUCACCGCCCCCGUCGACAACGUCCUGCAGAACUCGGCCGCCGUCUUCGCCCAGGCCCUCUACCCGCCCUCCAAGUCGGCCGGCUCCCAGAAGCUCGCCAACGGCACCACCGUCGAGGCGCCCCUCGGCGGUUACCAGUACAUCCCCGUCAACGCCGUCGCCUCCGCCGCCAGCUCCGCCGGCUCCGAGAGCAGCGCCUGGCUGCAGGGCAGCAGCGGGUGCAGCGAUGCCGUCGUCAGCUCAAACAGCUACUUCCUCACGCCCGAAUAUCUCGACACGCUCAACCGCACGCACGGCUUCUACCAGGACCUGCUGCCCGUCAUCAACACCACCUUUAACUCUACCACGGCCACCUUUAAGAAUGGCUACUCCAUCUUCGACUACAUCAACGUAGCCACCAUCCACAACGCCUCCAUCCCCUCCUCCUCCCUCCUCACAAACUCCACCCUCGAGACCCUCUACGACCUCGCCUCAACCCACGAGUGGAACCUCGCCUACAACGCCAGCGAGCCCUCCCGCGCCAUCGCCGGCUCCGUCCUCGCCGGCCAGAUCCUCACCGCCCUCGAGGCCAUCGCCGAACCCUCCUCAUCUUCCUCAUCCUCAUCCUUGGCACCGCGCAUCAACGUCCAGUUCGGCGCCUACGGCGCCUUCAUGGCCUUCUUCGGCCUCGCCCAGCUGCCCGCCGCCUCCACCGACUUCUACGGCAUCUGCGACUACGCCUCCUCCAUGGCCCUCGAGCUCGUCGCCCCCAGCCCGGACAGGACCUCCCCCGACGACCUCUCCGUGCGCUUCCUCUGGUCCAACGGCACCGCCGCCGCCCACGGCCUCAAGGAGUACCCGCUCUUCGGCCAGGAGAAGCAAACGACGACGCUCAGCUGGAACGACUUCAAGGCCGGCAUGAACAAGUUCGCCGUCGCGAGCACCCAGGACUGGUGCAGCGUCUGCGGCAACACCGACGGCGCCUGCGCAAACUCUACCGACGCGAGCGGCAGCCCGUCUGCCCAGUCGUCUUCCUCCUCCGAUAAGGGUAGCGGCAGCGGCAUCAGCAGGCCUGUUGCCGGCGUCAUUGGCGCGCUGGUCACGUUGGGAGUCAUUCUUGGUGUCGAGGCCCUCGUCUUGCUGCUGGGUGGCUUGCGCCUGGUUAAGAAGUCGACGCUGGCUGGGGGAGCGGGUGCGGGAGGUGCUGGUGCGACUGGUGUCAAGGCGUGA